AAAACGCAUGGCUGUCCCUACUGAUUUGCCGUAGUCAUAUCACGGAAGUUAUUUUGAAAUUGAUAAGAAAUAGCUAGUUGGCUAGAAGGAAUAACAUUGAUUGUGAAUUAUUCCAUCUGUCUAGACGGUCAGCAAUUUACCAACUAACUGUAGAAGAUGCAGGGCCGGCAGAUAAAACAAUGUGGCUUUUCCUCACUGACUCUUUUGGCCACAUUUCUCCAUUGUAACUGUUUGCCACACAGUACUGGUGGAAAGCCAUUUCCAGAGACCGCUAAAGAAAUUGCCAGCUAUGCAAAGGUAGCCAAGAGCAUCAUAGACUUGGCUGUGUAUGGCAAAGCCCAGAACCGCUCCUAUGAGAGACUGGCAGCCUUCACAGAUACAAUAGGGAACCGUGUCAGUGGCUCUAAGAACCUGGACAUGGCUAUCAAGUACAUGUUUAGUGCACUGAGGAAGGAUGGGCUGGAGAACGUACAUCUAGAACCAGUGAAGAUCCCACACUGGGUCAGGGGAAAGGAGAGCGCCGUGAUGCUACAGCCCCAGAACCACACCAUGGCCAUCCUUGGACUGGGCAGCAGUGUGGCUACACCCCAAGGAGGCAUUGAAGCAGAGGUGCUGGUGGUGGAGUCUUUUGAGGAGCUGAAGAAAAGGCAGAAGGAAGCCAUUGGGAAGAUCGUGGUGUAUAACCAGCCCUUUGUCAGCUAUGGGGAGACUGUGCAGUACAGGGAGUUUGGGGCAUCCAAGGCAGCUGAAGUAGGAGCUGUGGCUACUCUCAUCCGGUCCAUCACACCCUUCUCCAUCAACAGUCCUCACACAGGCUGGCAGGACUACCAGGAGGGAGUGCAGAAGAUCCCUACCGCCUGUAUCACAGUGGAAGACGCCAUGAUGAUGGCCAGGAUGGCUAAGCGAGGCCAGAGGAUUGUGGUCCGACUCACCAUGAACGCCCAGACCUUCCCUGAUGCUGACUCCUUCAACACUGUGGCUGAGAUCAUCGGCAGCGAGCACCCAGAACAGGUGGUGCUUCUCAGUGGUCAUCUGGACAGCUGGGAUGUGGGCCAGGGGGCCAUGGAUGAUGGUGGUGGAGCGCUCAUCUCCUGGGAGGCCUUGUCUCUGCUUAAAGACCUGGGUCUGCGACCCAGAAGAACCCUCCGGACAGUGCUGUGGUCUGCAGAGGAGCAGGGAGGGGUUGGAGCGCAACAGUACUUCCAGCUUCACAAGGUGAACAUCUCUAACUUUAACCUAGUGAUGGAGUCUGACCAGGGUACCUUCACCCCCCUGGGGCUGCAGUUCACAGGCUCAGUCCAGGCCCGGGCUGUCAUGGCUGAGGUGAUGAAGCUACUGAAGCCCAUCAACACCACCACCCUGGAGGAACACGGAGAGGGACUUGAUAUAGAGAUGUGGAUGGAUGCCGGCGUGCCAGGAGCCAGCCUGCACGUUGCAGACAGUAGAUACUUCUGGUUCCACCACACCAACGGGGACACCAUGUCUGUUCAGAGCCCCAUAGAAAUGAACCUGUGUUCGGCCCUCGGUGGUGGCCUACGAGUGGCUGACCUGGAGGAGAUGCUGCCCAGGUAG